GUGGAUCAUCACCACAAUUUUCAACAAUAGAAUACAGACAUACUCGCACAUCGCCCUAAAACUGCAAAAUUCCAUUAUACCUUUUGCAUUAAAUUCGGAAUUUUCCAAAAAAUAACUCUUAUUCUGGCAGUCCUAAUAUCCACAAAAUACUUUAGAUAUGUGCUUCCUUAGCCUUAUGUCGCAGUUCCUGUUCUUUGUCUAUGGCACAAUGGGACCGGCCUGGCACACCUACAAGACUCUGAACAGCGGAGACGAGGAGUUCCUGGCCUGGGCCAAGUACUGGAUAGUGUACGCCUUCCUGAUCACCUUCGAGGUGCUGGCGGACGCCUUUCUGUCCUGGCUGCCGCUCUACAUGCCCACCAAGCUGCUUCUGGUCCUGUGGAUCGUGCUGUCCGCUCCGUCCGCCAAUGUCUGGAUGUUCGACGCCAUCCUGCGUCCGGUGCUGUCCAAGCGGCAGGAGCAGAUUGAUCACUUCCUGCACCAGGGCAAGGACAAGCUCCUGAGCGACGCCCUUUCAUCGAUGACACAGCUGCUGGGACGUAGCCAAACCGUUGUACUGCCCUUUAUGGCCAAACUCUGGACGAGAUCGAGCACUUCUCCCCUUAUGAGUUCCAAUCUGUUGCAGGACGCCACUGGAGAAGGAAUUGGAGGCAGGCCAUCGGAGGAUACUGACUCGGCCAACGCCUCUGUCCAAAAUCUGUCCAGUGGUUCCAGUCCAGUUGGCAGCUUAGAGAAUCUCAACGACGAUUCUGGGGAGAUUCAGGUGGGCGCUUCGAAGGCCACCACACACUUGCAAACGGAUAAGUCCGAGAGCGACUUGGCCAAGCAUAACCUCUUUUCGCCGGAGUCACAUAGGAUCCUUCAUCGACGAGUUCAGCGCAAGGUCAAGACUGCAAUGUGUAUUUCCUCCGCCACCAAGUCGGACCACCUCCAUGACGAUGUUGAGGAUCUACUGGUCAAGUCAAGGAUUGAAACCAGCGGCCAGGAAGUCCGUCAUCAACGUCAACCGGCCAGCCGUCGUCGUCUCUAACUUUUAGCAAUAUGAUUUUUAAAACCCCAACAGGGGCUGUACUUAUUUAAUUAAUUCAAAAUAUAAA